CGAGCACCUCCGUGGCGACACGACCGUUCACAGUGGAGAUAAACCAUACGGUCGCGAACAUCGUGGCAAGAAUUUCAGAAACAAGUCUACUUUAGGAAAACACAUACAAGAAACGCAUUUGUCGACCGGGUUAAAAAAAGCUACAGGUGAUAUUUGUAGUUCUACAUUUCAAACUGAAUCGCUUGUGUUAAAGCACGAAAAAAGCGAACAUGAGUGUACAAAUUUUAUGUGUGAUGAAUGUGAGUAUACAACUAGUUCCAAGACAAGUUUACAGACUCAUUUAAAGAGUCACUCUGGGGACAACGUUUUUAAUUGUGGUCACUGUAGUUACACUACUCUGUUGGAAAGUGAUUUACAUAAACACCAAGCGAUACACACUCGAGACAAGCCUUUUAGGUGUACAGAAUGUGAUUACAAAUGUAGUUUUAAAUCAGACUUAAAGACUCACCUGAUGAUACACACUGGGGAAAAGCCAUUUCGAUGUAGCCACUGCGAUUACAAAUUCAGUCGCAAAUCACACUUAACGAAUCACCUGAUGAUACAUACUGGGGAGAAGCCAUUUCAAUGUAGUCACUGUGAUUACAAAUUCAGGCGCAAAUCACACUUAAAGAAUCACCUGAUGAUACACACUGGAGUCAAGCCAUUUAAAUGUAGCCACUGCGAUUAUAAAUGCAGUAAAAAAUCACAAUUAAAGGAACAUCUGAUGAAACACACUGGGGAGAAGCCAUUUCAAUGUAGUCACUGUGAUUACAAAUGUAGUCGGAAAUCAGACUUAAAGAAUCACCUCAUGAUACACACUAUGGUGAAACCAUUUCAAUGUAGCCACUGCAAUUUUAAAUGUAGUUUGAAAACACAAUUAAAGAUUCACCUGAUGAUACAUACUGGGGAGAAGCCAUUUCAAUGUAGGCACUGCGAUUAUAAAUGUAGUUUCAAAUCACACUUAAAGAAUCACCUGAUGAUACAUACUGGGGAGAAGCCAUUUCAAUGUAGCCACUGCGAUUUUAAAUGUAGUUUCAAAUCACACUUAAAGAACCACCUGAUGAUACACACUGGGAUGAAGCCAUUUCAAUGUAGCCACUGUGAUUAUAAAUGUAGUUUAAAAUCAAACUUAAAUAUUCACCUGGUGAUACAUACUGGGGAGAAGCCAUUUCAAUGUAGCCACUGUGAUUACAAAUGCAAUCGGAAAUCAGACUUAAAGAAUCACAUGAUGAUACACACUGGGGUGAAGCCAUUUCAAUGUAGUUACUGUGAUUAUAAAUGUAGUUUCAAAUACAACUUAAAGAAUCACCUGAUGAUACAUACUGGGGAGAAGCCAUUUCAAUGUAACCACUGUGAUUACAAAUUCAUUCGGAAAUCAGACUUAAAGAAUCACCUGAUGAUACACACUGGGGUGAAACCGUUUCAAUGUAAUCACUGUGAUUAUAAAUGUACUUUCAAACCAAACUUAAAGAAUCACCUGAUGAAACAUACUGGGGCGAAGCCAUUUAAAUGUAGCCACUGUGAUUAUAAAAGUAGUGUAAAAUCAAACUUAAAGAUUCACCUGAUGAAACAUACUGGGGCGAAGCCAUUUAAAUGUAGCCACUGUGAUUACAAAUGCAAAUGGAAAUCAUCCUUACAAGUACACCAGUUAAAACACUCUGGGGCGAAGCCAUUUCAAUGUAGCCACUGCGAUUAUAAAUGUAGUUUCAAAUCAAUUUUAAAGAAGCACCUGAUGAAACAUACUGGGGAGAAGCCAUUUCAAUGUAGCCACUGUGAUUACAAAUGCAGUCAUAAAUCACGCUUCAAAGAACACCAGAUGAAACAUACUGGGGGGAAGACAUUUAAAUGUAGCCACUGCGAUUACAAAUGCCGUUAUAAAUCAACCCUAGUAAGACACCAGAAGACGCAUACAGGGACGAAGCCUAUAGACGUAGCAAUAGCGAGUACUAGUGCAGCCUGAAACAGCACCUGUGAAGACACCAGAUCAUACACGCGGAAGAGAAGCCUUGUAGGGAAGCGUUAGAGGGUAUGCUGCCUUUUGACCUAAAUCGGAAAGUUAAUCCUGUGCUGCCCCCUACAGCUCCGCGCGCUCCCGUGUACUAAUGUAAUCACUGCAAACACGAGUCGAUUUAAAUACGUCUUAAAAAUACCUUAUGUGGAAAAAUAUCUUAGUGUAGAUCCCCAAACAGUAACUAAAAUGCAAUAACUGGCCAAACUUCAUAAGGUUUCGGUUACAGAUGCCCGAAAAAUAACCGAUAAUCGGUUAUGGUUAUUUUCGAUAAAAAAUGAUAAAUUUACAAUCGAGUAAUGGUCUCUCUUGCAUCAAAAGCGCCGGCCGUUUAUAUCGCCACGGCACCAUUAAUGGUUUGGUCCGGCGGUAGCUUGCUACCUUUUCUGUGCCUGCUACUUUAGAACCCUCAGGCAUGGCGAGAGACAAUGGCAGCUGACCGGACGGAGCCACACUGGUACCGUGAAGACUGGGUAGGCCUCUAGUGUGGGACGCUACAUUCGUAAGACACCUUUGCGCAGUCCCACAUCCAGGGUACCCGCGCACAGGCCGGCGCUGCUGCCGAACAGGCCCAACUACUCAAGCGCCGCAAAUACUCAUCUUUACUGCAAGAUUAUGAGUUUGCAGUGAAGACAAUGGGUCCUUCGUCGGCGGACAUGAACAUGCGGACUUUCAUGGGGGACCUGUCGACACGGCUGGUCGACGUCUCGGGAGACCGUAGGGCUGGCGCUUACCUCUCCCAGCGCAUAUCGCUGGCAAAACAGAGAGGUAACGCAGCCAGCGUUAUGGGAUCAAUGCCGCAGGCGGAGAUUUGGGAAGGGGUAUUCUUCUUUUUAUCUAUUGUAUUAUUAUUAAUACAUUUAAUUCAAGCAACAUGGCUCAUAAGGCAGUGAAACAAAUU